CAAUCCCGUGUCACUUUGUGCUUGAAGCUUUGAACAAAGAGAGAGGAAGGCGGAGCAUGUAAAGGAGCACUCUGCGUUGUGCUUGGCACCCAGGCGCAGAUAACAGAAGCCAACAAGCAACGCAGUAAACCCUAAUCCGUGUUGAAAGGAGUCGCUUUUAUGUAUAUUUUUGAAGUUUAGAGGGUGACAUAAUCCAUGAAAAACCUUCGUAUCGAAGCCAUAUUGUCGAUCACCAACGUCGGGGUGGCGUAGAUGCUUGUCUCUGCGGUCUCCUGGGAUCUCAAUUGGUUCCUGCAGUUCAUAUUCACCUCCUUAUUGAUAGCUGUUGGAUUGCAUACCGUGGUCAAGAAUACGGCCUCCAGGUAUUUUGAGGUCGACGCCAAUUUUGAGGGGGACCACCCCGCCGAUCGAACUCCAAUGCCCGGUGUUCUCAUGCAAGACCCUGUUUGCGCCGUCUGUGGCCAAUCCGGCACUAAGAAAUGCUCCCGCUGUAAAGCCGCACGAUAUUGCUCAGAAGCAUGUCAAGUGUCGCACUGGAAAUCUGGACAUAGAACAAAAUGCAAGGAUUUCCAUCAAACUAAUGGAACCGAUUCGACUCAAACUGGGGCACCUGAUAGUGGGCUUAAAAAUUUAACUGCAAUUACACUGGUGCCGGCCCGCGGAAAGUCACGGCCUGUCAAGCAGCUUAAAGGCGUUCUUUUUCCGUACGAUGAAUUUGUUGGGUUUUUCAGCCGGGACAAAUUAGGAUUUCCUCCUUGUGGACUACUGAAUAGUGGAAACAGCUGCUUUGCUAAUGCGGUUCUUCAAUGUCUCUCGUUCACAAAGCCCCUUGUUGCCUAUUUGUUGGAGAAAGGACAUCGUGGAGAAUGUAGUCUUGAUGACUGGUGCUUCCUAUGUGAAUUUCAAAUCCAUGUUGAAAGAGCAAGGCGAAGUUCACAGGCCUUUUCUCCGAUGAAUAUUCUUUCUCAUUUACCUAAUAUUGGUGGCACUUUAGGUUAUGGAAGACAAGAGGAUGCUCAUGAGUUUAUGAGGUUUGCAAUUGAUACAAUGCAAUCUGUUUGCCUCCAUGAAUUUGGGGGAGAAAAAACUGUCGCUCCGAGCCUGCAAGAGACAACUCUUAUUCAGCACAUCUUUGGUGGUCGCCUUCAAUCUCAGGUGAUCUGCUCAAAAUGUGAUAAGAUUUCGAAUCAGUAUGAAAAUAUGAUGGACUUGACAGUUGAAAUUCAAGGAGAUGCAGCCUCUCUGGAAGAAUGUCUGGACCAGUUCACCGUCAAGGAGUGGCUUCAUGGGGACAAUAUGUACAAUUGUGAUGGGUGCAGUGACUAUGUGAAGGCAUGGAAACGUCUUACUGUAAAACAAGCUCCUAACAUUCUUACAAUUGUUUUGAAAAGAUUUCAGAGUGGGAGGUUUGGAAAACUUAACAAGAGGAUAACUUUCCCAGAGACUCUAGAUCUUAGCCGUUACAUGAGUGAGGCAGGAGAUGGGUCAAAUAUCUACAAGCUUUAUGCAGUUGUAGUUCAUCUGGAUAUGCUAAACGCUUCAUAUUUUGGUCAUUACAUCUGCUGCAUCAAGGAUUUCCACGGAAACUGGUACAGGGUUGAUGAUUGGAAGGUUAUGAGGGUGGAGUUGGAGGAGGUGCUCUCUCAGGAAGCAUACAUGCUUUUAUACGGCAGGUUUAAUGCGAGGCCAUCAGGCCUUCAAGCCACGGAAUCAUCAGGAAAGGAAGAACAAAAUGUGAAAGUGGAGGUGGAGCCAAGCCCAACAGGUCAAGUUGCUGGCCUCUCAAACAAGGAGACUGUAACUACCUGUGGAAGUUAUGAAGUUCUGACAUCUGACAGCAGCCACGCAAUACAGGUUUCUGGCUUUGAAAAUGAGUCGCUGAAUGGGAUUAACCAAGAUGUCAAAAAAGAGCGCACCGAGGAUGUGGGGGUGAAUGGUCUUGAGGUGACUUCUGAUGUUGCAAAUAAGAUUCUCUGCAGCUCGGUGCAGCCACCUUAUUUACCUUCUCCACGAGAUGUCAGAUACUUUGAGGGCAUAGAAACGGCCAGAUCAAAUCCAUGCUCAUCUAUUUCAGAAGAGACCUCCGGCAGAGAACAAGAGGGUACCAAUACAGCUGAAUCUGGUCCUUCUCCAGGUCUGCUGAAUGACUUCUCUUGCUUCCGUGAGGAUUCCUCUGUUCCAAAGGAUUAUAAAUUUACAAGAGAGGACUCAGAACAUACGGAGGUGAUUAAAUGCAAUUCAACUACUACAGCAAGAGAUUAUGCAAAUGGUCUCCAUGGGUAUGUAAGUGCAAUCAAAUCUGCUAUUCCAGGUGAAGAUGGUUGUGCAGCAUUUUCUGGCAUUGGUGCUUUUCCCACGGAAAUAUCCUCUGCUGAUGUGCAUAGAAUUAAAGCAGCAGGGGUUGCCUCUCUACGUCUAUGAGACUGAGAUGAAAUAGAAUCGAGAGAGUAGAAAUAUCAGGGAAUAAUAUAUAUUUGUAGGGAUAGAUAUUCUUGCUGUUUAUUCUUAUCAUUUGAUGAUCCCAUCAUCUGAAAGCGGUGGUGAGUAGGGAAUUUUUGUCCGGGGUUUCAUUUUCGCGUGAACCUUGGAUCCUGCAGCAGCAUACUUGGACGGAUUCUUUAAGUAAUUGGACCAUAGUGACAGAAUAUCGAAUUCCUUUCUCGUGCUCUCCCCGAACGUUUUGAAUAUUGCAUUGUUUUCGGAAAUGAUGAUAGGCUUAGAAUGGUUGCGGAAUA